UCUAAUUACGAAUGACAUGUUUAAUCAGGAUACAAUUUCUUUAUUGGUUUCAAUAGCGUGGUUAUAAGCAAAAUGUAUACAAAUUUGUCCUGUUGAUUUUAAACGGAUUAACUAUUUUUGGUUUAUAAAACGGUAGUUUAAAAACUAAAACUAGUUACUAUUUCUCCACACGUUAAAUAUUUACUUUGUGGUAUAUACCGAUAAAGGAAAUAUGCAAUGCAUUUUGCAAAUAUUUUAUAAAAAAUAUAGCGUUUUAAAAUUGCAAUGGAUUUAUUAAAGCCACUAGAGAAAAGCUUUGUUUGUUUUGAUAAACAUAACAUAGUCAAUGACCAAAACACAGGACAGUUAAAACACCAAAAGAUUAACAACGUACAAUGGAGUGCUACAAAUGAACAACUACGGAUGUCAGGCAAUUCCGAACAUUAUGCAACUAUUCAAGACAGAAGCGGUGAAAACACGUUUUUUACACCAAACCCUGAAUAUGAUAACGCUACGCCUGGUAAACGUGAAAGUACCUCGGCUCAAUAUGUGUCUUUUACUACCGGUGAUCGACUCCCUACUAGCCCAAAUAAAGAAAGAACCGCUGGUUAUUCGUAUGCAACAAAUGGUGAGAUAUACUUUCUGCGCGAUUCAAACAACGAAAACCAUCAUAGCGAGCAAAUGCAACAACUUGAACAUAAUGAGAAAAAUUCUAAACACGAUGCUUAUAUAUCUAAAUAUCAAAGUAAGGGUACUGAUGACUCAACUGACACUUACCUUGAACCGAACCCUCGACGGAUUGGAAAGAGUGGUGAUGAUACUAAUCAUAGCGAUAUAAGGAUAAGUUGGCUUGGUGAAAAACAUGAGUAUCAUCGACCAGACGAUGGACUUGGGGAAACAAUGGCUAGUGCAUAUGAUUUGGGCAGGGUGCCUUCAAAUAAAAUAGUGACAUCACCAAAUAAAAAGGACAAGAAAAUAUGUAGUAAAUGCAAAAUGAUUACUGGCGUAAUUCUGGUUAUAUUAGUUGCCGCUGCCACUGCCUCUAUUGUCACAAUUCUAAUGUUUGGUAAUUUUAAAGAGGUUGACGACUUGUGUAACAACAAGGAUGGGUGUCAAACAAAGUGCCAAAAAUACCCAAAUUUGUCCAACGGCCAUACUAAUGUUACUGAGGAGGUGUUACCACAAGUGGCUGUUAAGAUAAAUUGUAAUAAAGGUUUUGAAGUAAACGAAACAGAUACGGCAAUUUGUCUAGAAACGGGCUCUUGGAGUGAAAUAAUUACAUGUGAGCCAGUUGACUGCGGGAUAUAUCAGCCACCUAUCCAUGUUCAUACUCAACAGUCCGUAAAUGAAACAACAGUAGGGUCAUCAAUUAAUCUUAAAUGUGAUCCUGGUUUCCAAUUUACAACAUCUAGUGAUAGUUCCGUAAUUUGUAACGAAAUUGGCGUGUGGGUCGGGAAUCCAAAAUGUGAAAAUUUAGUUGAUUUAUCUGUAGACACCGAUACUGUCCUCAUCGGUGGGAUGGCAAACCUGUCUUGUGAAUUCAGAAAUAUACCAAACUGGAGGAAUAUAAAGUUUAAACGCAUUAACAGAAAAGGUGAAUCAGUAACAAUUGCCUCUGUUGUCAAUAAUGUAGACUCGUACAUAGUGACUAAAGACAACGAUAGAAUAAAUAUUGAAACAAAAUUUACGCAUGAAUCUGGUACAUUAAAAGUGAUGUUUGAGACCGUCAAAUGUGACGACGCCUUCGAAGAACCUGGUGAAAUAAUCAUAACCUGUGAUAUUGAAACAAGUGAAACCGUGAACACAUUUCGUGACCUGAAAAUUGUUCAAAUAAAAGGCAAAGCGGUUAAGCCGGAGCUUUUCGUGCCAGCCCAUGUUGUCGAAGGAGAUAUCAAGUCCACACUUUUUCAUUGUGAGAUGUUGUUUCCAGAACCGAACGGUCACGUGACCGUUGACAUUGACAAUGGCAGUUCCAUUACAACUCUGCUGUCUUCUCCAAACAUUAGUGAGUGGCCUUAUGUUUGGUCCUCUUCAAACAGAGUAAGCAAUACAAAUACGGCUUGGAUUGAUACCAUAAGGUUUGACUUGGAGAACUGCUGGUACAGAAUGGAACUGACAUUUGGUCUGAAAGAUGUUUCAAUGGAUUGGCACAGGAAACAUAUAAGAUGCACUGCAAAACUGUCUGAAGAAGCAACUGACCAAACAGUGUUCACAUCUGACAGUGGCGUCGUAAAAGUUAUACAAGAUACCUUAUGCAAUGGUAAAAGUCAGGUACGUUACCCGUAUGACUGCGAACAUUUCAUCGUUUGUGAUGACAAGAAUCACUUCAAUUCAGUUUUGGAAGUGAGAGCAUGUGACAACAAUGCAUGCUAUGACGACCAAUCUCAAACAUGCAGUCCGUGUUCGCCAUCAAGAGGUUGUCCAAUAACAGACAUAUUCUUCAGUGGCAGACAUUCAGCUACUAUUGAAGGACAACUUGACAUUGUCUGUAUCGUGGAAGACUUUAAAGGGCUUACUGACAUUAAGAUCACAAGGGCUAAUGGAGAGUUCGUAUCGUCGAUCAAAUUAGGAGAUAAUAUACGGGAUUUCAACACGUUGUCGGAUGCGACUUAUGUAAAUGAAACCCAUGGAAUGCUUUCGAUACAUGCAGACUUCCUUAUUUGUACUGAUAAAGGAACAUAUCGAUGUAGUCCGGAAGGAACUGGAGAUGAACAGUCAGAAGACGUUAUAGACCUUGACCUGAAUUGUUGAAAAUAUAUGUAUUAAAAAUUUUGCAUGACAACAUAUCACAUUACCUUAGUUACAUAGUAUUUAAUGUAUAUUUAAAUAUACAUCAAUUCUUUUACAUCAUCAAACUUCACAAUAUACAAAAGAGUUAGGCCAAAUGUUUUUACAACAUUAUCAUUGGCCAUUCCUCUAUAUCGAAGCGAAAUUAACGUGCUAGAUUAGAAAUCAUAUGGUUGCAGGUUCUUUCUCAGCUCUAAAAAUAGUUCAGAAAUGAACCGAAAAAAAAGAAAAAUACCAUCAACAUGUAUCUUGCGGAACGAGAUUAAUCUUGUUAUUCAGCUGGUUAUUGAGUUCUAACCUUUUUAGUUCCCUCUUAGUCUCUAAUAACCGUUAUUUUCUUCUAAAAGAUUUGAUAAUUUGAAGACUGAUCUUAAUGAACAUACGUAUUUUUGAAUUAAACAUUUGUUAUGGUAGAAAAUUAAGGUAUUCUUUAACCGGAAUGUCCUUUGAAAAAAGUCAGAAAAGGAUUUUAUUACAAACUGAUUCCUUAAGGUGCGUUUUUUCAUGGUCUUCUUUGAGGCUUACCUUAUAUUCUUCAUCAUCAGCAGCAGCAGCAACAUCAUCAGCAUUAGCAGCAGCAGUAGAAGCUGCAGCAGCAUCGUCAUCAGUCAUACUCAUUAUAAUCACCACCACCACAACCAUUAUCAUCAUCAACAUCAUCAUUAACAUAAGCUGCAGCAGCAUUGUCAUCGUCAUUAUAAUCACCACCAUCAUCAUCAUCGUUGUCUUUGUCAACAUUAUCAUUAACAUUUCAUGAAUUUGUCUGUAAUUAUUGUUGUUAUGAUAAUUAAUUUAUAAUAAUUGUUGUUUUUGUUA